AUGCGAACGCGGUCUGCCGCUCCGAAUGAGCAGCCCGCUGCGGAAGAGAACCUCAACGUACCGCCCGUCCCAAUUAAGCCCAGCAAGACGUUUAUCCUGCCAUCCGCUGCGACCGAGGAUGCCAGAUUCCUUACCUUACCCAAUCCGCGAACGGGGGAGGCUAAUCGCUAUUUCUUCUGCCCGAAAUUGGGGGUGUACGAGUUCACCGUCGUAGGAUCUUCGCCGCAGUGUCCGCGGAGUAUCCUAUUCACAUCGACACCGCAGACGAGUCCAUCUGACAGCGAUAAUGGCCCGUCGCAGCCACAGGGGACAAUCUCCAAGGUCGCAGAGCUCUGUGUUGCGUCGCCAAUGGAUGUUCUGUUCUUCAUGAUCCCUUUGCUAUGCCCAUCCACAUCCACCCAGACGAAACGGUUAUUCCAGCCGCUCGACGACAUCAUCGAUUCGCAGGACGAAAUGCCAGAGCAUCUACGCCGCCUUUUAUACAACGACGAUUUCCGCAGCGUCUUGCACUCGCGGGUCGAGUCGGUAUGCGACUCAGUCGAAGCCGGCGACGAGAAAAUGUUCCGCUUCAGCGAGGACAAGCUCCUCAAGGAACUGAUCGCUAAAGCGGAACGCUUGGUGACCCAGGGUCUCCCAGCGAGCUUGGAGGAAAAGUUUGUGCGCCAGGCGCUGGCCAUACCCAUGAUGACUGUCAAACGGGAGGAGUCCAUCAUCAAUGGCACAUCCACCUCUGCCAACGAGACCGAAGGAGAGUCCCAGGAGAAACAAGAAACGCAGUCGUCCACCACAGCAUCUGUCUCCACGACAGUGUCAGUCUCCACAGCGUCGGGCGUCUCAACACCUGCAACGGAAAUGUCUACAGAGCCAAGUCUGGAGGGUCCAUCGGCCACGGAUAAUCUGGCGCAUAUACUCCGCAUCUCAACGGCUCUCUCGUUCAUCAAAGAGUCUUACAUCUCCCCGUCGCUCAACUCCCGAUUGGAUGAGCUACUUGGCACGCCGGAGUCGCCCUUGGACUUCAUACCGCUGCAAGAACACCUCAAGCAUAUCGCGGAGCUGCGGGCACAGGCGCUCGCAUCCCGGUCGCUCGGAGACUUCACCCGCAAGCGAGGCCCCGAUGACGACGACGCGGCAGAGUCCCGGGCGGAGAAGAAGCGUCGUAGGGAAGAGGAGGAGAAGAAGAAGAAGGCCGGGGAGUCGCGCGGGGUGAGAGACCUGAAGAAGGUGAACACGUCGGGGAUGAAGAAGAUGAGCGACUUUUUCUCCAAGGCUGCGGCUAAGAAGAAAUCUUGA